AUUCUUGAACUCAACCAAGUCAAGGCAGCGGGUCUUGCCUUCCCUGUCUUACAAGCGUCUAAUCCAUCCAGGGAUUCUGAGCAAUGAAUGCUCGUCUCAGAAGGGCUACAGUCUCGUUCUUUGCUUACCGGUAAACUUGGCGUCCACGUUCCUCACUUCUUUCUGCCCGCGCCUAACCGGAAAGGCAGGAAAGAAGCGGAAGUAGGAACUGAACCUGAGCGACAGUAGUGCGAACCAAUAGGCAGCAGGCAACGUAGGCCAGGCGUCUCGGGACGUGUCUGGGAAGCGCCAACCAACCGCCCAGGGGGCAGGACGAAGGGGUGUGGGCCGGAGGGCCUCGGAACUCCGACAGCCAGUCGCCGGUUGUCAGAACGGUAGCUGCUGUCCUAGGGCAAAACUGCGUCCCUGGGUCCUGUCGGUCCGGGACCCGCGUAAGGAUGAGAGCACAAACGACACCUGGCCGCUGGAGGAGCAGGUAACGAAUUUGGGGUGUGGUGUGGCCGCGGCGGGGCUUCUUCCGGGAACCGUGGUGCUGAAUGGAAAGGACCGAGGCGACACCGAGCUGGGGCUCCUCGCUGCAAAGCUACUGCCCGAGCUGCAGCUGCCAAACAAGGAUGUGUAGACCCCGAGAGACGCAGGGGAACUGAGAGCCUUAGGGCGCCAGGACCCCCGGGGCCCGGGAUGUGUUAGCGAGGGCAGCCGCGGGGGCCAGCUCCGAAUGCUACAGGCCGAGGCAACGGCCGCCGCCCGCCCGCCCGCCCCUUUCGUGCAGAAGCACCUUGCUCCUUUCCGCGCCCUCCCGCUCUCCCGCCCUCGUUCUCGGCUCUGGAGACCAUGAGGUUCCGCGUCUACAAACGGAAAGUACUGAUCCUGACGCUCGUGGUGGCCGCCUGCGGCUUCGUUCUGUGGAGCAGCAAUGGGCGACAACGAAAGAACGAGGCCCUCGUCCCGCCGUUGCUGCAGGACGCCGAGCCCGCGCGAGGCAUCCGUAGGGUCUCCAACGAGUCGGCGGCUCCGCUCGUCCCGGCUGCCCCGCAGCCGGAGGCGGACAACCUGACGCUGCGGUACCGGUCUCUAGUCUAUCAGCUGAACUUUGACCAGACGCUGAGAAAUGUAGAUAAGGCCGGCUCCUGGGCCCCCCGGGAACUGGUGCUGGUCGUCCAGGUGCAUAACCGGCCUGAAUACCUCAGAUUGCUCCUGGACUCACUUCGAAAAGCCCAGGACAUUGACAACGUCCUCAUCAUCUUUAGCCACGAUUUCUGGUCGACAGAGAUCAAUCAGCUGAUCGCCGGGGUGGAUUUCUGUCCAGUUCUGCAGGUAUUCUUUCCUUUCAGCAUUCAGUUGUACCCUAACGAGUUUCCGGGCAGUGACCCCAGAGAUUGCCCCAGAGACCUGGAGAAAAAUGCAGCUUUGAAGAUGGGGUGCAUUAACGCCGAGUAUCCCGACUCCUUCGGCCAUUAUAGAGAGGCCAAGUUCUCGCAAACCAAGCACCACUGGUGGUGGAAGCUGCAUUUUGUAUGGGAGAGGGUUAAAAUUCUUCAAGACUAUGCUGGCCUUAUACUUUUCUUAGAGGAGGAUCACUACUUAGCUCCAGAUUUUUACCAUGUCUUCAAAAAGAUGUGGAAAUUGAAGCAGCAAGAGUGUCCUGAGUGUGAUGUUCUCUCCCUGGGGACAUAUAUUACCAGUCCCAGUUUCUAUGGCAUUGCUGACAAGGUAGAUGUGAAAACUUGGAAAUCCACAGAGCACAAUAUGGGUCUAGCGUUGACCCGGGAUGCAUAUCAGAAGCUGAUUGAGUGCACAGAGACUUUCUGUACUUAUGAUGAUUAUAACUGGGACUGGACUCUUCAAUAUUUGACUGUAUCUUGUCUUCCAAAAUUCUGGAAAGUGCUGGUUCCUCGAGUUCCUAGGAUUUUUCAUGCUGGGGACUGUGGUAUGCACCAUAAAAAAAUCUGUAGACCAUCCGCCCAGAGUGUCCAAAUUGAGUCACUCUUAAACAAUAAUAAACAGUACAUGUUUCCAGAAACUCUAAUGAUUAGUGAGAAAUUUACUAUGGAAGCUGCUUCCCCACCUAGGAAAAAUGGAGGGUGGGGAGAUAUUAGGGAUCAUGAACUCUGUAAAAGUUAUAGAAGGCUGCAGUGAAAAAUCACAAUUACAAAAGCAAAAGUGACAGUCUUCUGUUUUUGAUAUUUGUCCACACAGGAUGUACAAUUGAAGGGUUUAGAACUGGUUUCUGCUUUAAUACAAAAAAACAAAAAUCUUGUAUAAGAUGUCCAAAUAUAGUAAUCUUUUCCAAUUAUAUCUGAUCAAGAUUUAAAACAAGUUUUCAUUUUAGGGGCUUGCACUUUAAAGCUCAACCUUUAUCUGCUAAAGGUAUCAUUGUUAAUUGAUGAGAGAGGACAGGAAACGAUUAAAUUGCAUCUAUCUUUUUAUCUGGAACUUUGUACACUUUUCCACUUUCAAAACUUAUUUUAAAUACAGCAAAAUUUAUUUAAAAUUAUCACAGCAGUAAAAAGUAUUACAAGGAAAUUAAGAGUGUUAAUGGAGCAAGCCCAGUUUCACUCUUGACACAGUUUUUUCGAAGGCAUUGCUUCACUGGUUUUAUAAUUUGAAAGUUAUGUUUGUUAAACACCCUGUCAGAAUAAUCAUUUUCAGUAUUACAGUUUCCUUUACUGUUGUGUUAAGAUUUGCCUGUGCUUUGGAACCUUCAUAGAACACACUUUCUUUUGGAAUGUAUUUGAUAAGAAAGUUUAAACAUGGUUUCCACUUCAAUGUAGAAAUACAAUGGAUUUGUUUUUUUCUUUUAGUGCUGCCAAAAUAAAAUACUCAUUUUUGAAUAAAAAGAUUCCUAAUCA